GCUAAUGAAAUAAAAUAAAUUGUGUGCGUCAUGUCAUGGCGUGAGUGGCGUGUUGUGAUACGUUAGAAAAGCUACAGCAGAAAUAAUUACUCUAUUUGAAAAGAAAAAGGACUUUUUUUGAUGGGGUGAUAUGACAUUGAUUUGCGUGUGAUGUCUUCAAAUCUGGUGCAAUAUGUAGUUGUUCGCGGUGAUCUGUUAAAAACGUGCAAAUGGCCAGUAGGUGCUGUUAUUGCUCAGGCAUGCCAUGCUACUACUGCUGUAUUACAUAUGUAUUAUGAUGACGGACACACUCAAGCUUAUUUGAAGGAUUUGGAUCGCAUGCAUAAAGUUAUAUUGGAGGCUGAAGAUGAAUCAAGUCUAUGGAAAUUAUCACAUGAACUGGAAAACAAUGACAUAUGUCAUAAAAUUUGGAUUGAGCAGCCUGAGAAUUUUCCAACAUGCAUUGCCUGUAAACCAUACCCUAAGCAAGAUGUUCAUAAGUAUUUCAAGCAAUUCAAGUUAUUCAAAUAAAGCAUAUUGAAAAGAA